GUCAAAUAUGGCGGAAAACGUGAGAGUUGCAGUGAGGGUUCGCCCUUUUAAUACAAGGGAAAAGGAGCGCAAUGCGGUCCUGAUCAUCGACAUGAAAGGGAACACCACAGAGAUAAAGGACCCUGCUGCGCCCAAGGGAGAAAAGCCAAGGACUUUCACUUUUGAUUUUUCCUACUGGUCACAUGACGGGUUCAAGGAGGAACAAGAUGGCUACCUGUCACCUUCAGGAAGCAGAUAUGCCGAUCAGAGAAAAGUAUUCAAUGACCUGGGACAGUCCGUGUUGGACAAUGCAUGGAAGGGGUACAACUGCAGUUUGUUUGCCUAUGGACAGACUGGGUCUGGGAAGUCUUACUCUAUGACAGGAUAUGGGAACAAUAAAGGAAUUGUCCCUAUUUGCUGUGAGGAACUUUUCAAGGGUAUAGAGGAAAAGAAGAAAACGGCCCAGAAGGGAGAGGAGUUUCAGGUACAAGUUAGUAUGCUGGAAAUCUACAAUGAACAAGUACGUGACCUUCUGACCUCCAAAAAGGCACCAAAAGGAGGUUUGAAAGUUCGCCAGCAUCCAUCCAAAGGAUUUUAUGUUGAAUCUCUAAUCACAUGCCCAGUGAAUAGCUAUGCUGAUAUAGACAAUAAAUACCAGGAGGGUGCCAGAAACCGGACUGUUGCUGCAACACAGAUGAAUGCCACCAGCAGCCGUGCCCAUACCAUUGUUGGUAUAUAUUUCACCCAGAAGACGCUGAAUGACGCGGGGGAGAAUAUGACCAAGUCCUCCAUCCUUUACCUGGUGGAUCUGGCUGGCAGUGAGAGAGCCGAGUCUACUGGAGCAACAGGAGAUCGCUUGAAGGAAGGUUCCGCCAUUAAUCAGUCUUUAAGCACCCUGGGUAAUGUGAUCAAGGCACUGGCGGACAAAGGAUCAGGACAGUCUGGAGUCAUGGUUCCGUUCCGUAACUCUGUGCUGACCAAGCUGUUGAAGAAUGCUUUGGAUGGCAACAGCAAAACUAUCAUGAUUGCUGCACUGAGCCCUGCUGAUAUUAACUAUGAGGAGACACUAUCCACUUUAAGAUUUGCUGACCGUGCCAAAGCCAUCAAGACCACCGCCACGGUAAACGAGAGCCCCACAGACAGACUGAUCCGAGAGCUGCGCGAGGAGAAUGAACGCUUGAAGAAGUUAAUGGAGUCUGGUGGCAUAAUGCCUGCCAUGGAAGGGGAUGGCGGCACCUCUGAUGAAGAAAAAGAAGAGAUGCAGCGUCAAAUGAAGGAGUUGAUGGAGAGGAAUCAGGCUGAGGUGGCGGCCAUGCAGGCAUCAUGGGAAGAGAAACUACAGAAGGAACGUGAGCAGAAUGAGAAAGCAUUGGCUGAACAAAAACAGAAGGAAGAGGAGAAGAAAGUGACCCCAUAUUUUUGGAACUUAAAUGAAGAUCCUUCUUUAUCUGGGAUGUUGAUCCACUUCUGUAAGCCAGGUCAAUCCAGAAUUGGAACAAAGAAUGCCAAACCCCCUCCAGAAAUACAGCUCAGUGGACUCAAUAUCCAGAUGGAACAUGCUACUGUGACUAACAAGGAUAACAAAGUGUCCAUCAAGCCCACAUUUCAGUCAGCGGUCAUCAUCAAUGGAAAAGAAAUCUCAAAAGAGGAGUUACUGCACCAUAAUGACAGGAUAUUAUUUGGUUCCACAAAUCUGUUUGUGUUCCACCACCCAGUGGAUUAUGCCCAGCAGUUGAAGCAAGGCAAGAAGGUCGAGGCACCAACAUUUGAAAAGGCACAGGAAGAAAUCUCGGAGACGGCCCUACAGAAAGUUGGCUUCUCUAAAGUCGGGCAGUCCGGAAGUAAAGAGGACCUUGUCCUCCAAGAUGACCUUGUCCGUACCAUGCCCAUGGUCAACCAGUGCAAUGCCAUGUCAGAGUGCCUGAACAAGAAGAGGUUUUUUGAGAUAGCCCUGGUGUCUCCACAGGCCAGGGGGCUGAAAGAAGGCAGGACAGAGGUCAUGGUUAAGAUGAAGAACUUGGAGAACGGCAACGAGUGGAUGUGGCCAUAUGAUAAGUUUCUGAACAGAAAAUACAAGAUGGAGGAGAUGUACAAUGACUUUAUCAAUGAUGAGAAGGAUUGGGAUGAACCUCCAGAGAAGGAUCCAUUCGAGGAAUCUGCUGACUCAGCAGUUUUAAUUGGGUCAGUUCAGGUGUUCCUGCAGUCCCUAGGGUAUUUGAUUGACACUGACGAACACCUGUCAAUCACAGACUUCAGGGGAAUUGAACAUGGCCGCAUGCAGGUGCAGGCUCUUCCAUGUGACGCUAAGUGGAAGCCAAUUGAAGAUGAUUUUGUGGAGGACCCUUAUGAACUUGUGGGAAAACAACUUAAUUUCAAAAUGAAAAUUGGGAAAGUUGGUGGAAUUCCUUCCAAGUAUGAAAAGGUCUAUGUGAGCUAUAAGUUCUACCUAGACGACACCCCAGCAGUGUCCAAGGAGAUGAGUGGAGUAAACAUGGACUUCAACUUUGACAAACAGUUCACAUUUAAACCUGUCACACAGCAGCUUGUAGACUACCUCAUGAAUGACCCACUGGUGAUCCAAGUGUAUGGUAAACAAAAGACUGGAGGACAAAAAGGAGGAACAGCUCUUCCCACCAGAGAACUUAUGGCUAGGGAGAAAACCAUGAUUCACCAGACCAAACAGGAGGAUAUGAAAAACAGAAUGGCAGUUGAAGUUGCAACUGAAAGAAAAAAGUUUGAGAGGGCAGAGACCAAACUGAGAAAAAUUCAGGAACUGGUAAACAAAGCAAAGAAAGGAAAUCGAACUGAACUUGCAGUAAAGGAUGUGGAAGAUAUUCUCGAAGGCAGUUUCAGAUUUAAAGGUGUAGCAGAUGCUGUGACUUUGGCCAAGAGAAAUGAAGCCAUGGGGAAGAACACAUCAUCAGCCUGCAACCUGCAGUGAAUUGGAUCAUCCAAAACACUCUUAGCAACCCUGACCUGAAUUGUAUGCCAGCCUACGUCAGUAUUUGAGAAAAAAUAUAUUGUUAUCAGUAUGCCUUCUCCUUCUGUCAAAAUGGAUAUUUGAGAGGGGUGUACUGGAUCUGGAGCUGUAGGUGUACAUAACCAGGACAGGGGGACAUUUGAUUUCAUUAUCUCUUGCAGAAACCACCAAGAUAUAUUUAACCUUCAUUUAACGGUGAUAAUAUUUAUGAGAAGUAUUAGGGUUUGCUCCUGUCUUAGUAGGUAUAAAAGUUUAUCACAAUCUUUUCAGUCAUUUGUUUACAAUAGAAACUUUGGGAAGGAGCCUCUUAAAACUGAUUAAGUUUUAUACCAAAGUCAGUCGAAAGGGAUUAGAUGUAGAGAGAAUAUUUAGAAUACAAAGGAGACGGAGAGAUUUGACACAUGGGAGGAAAACUGUUCUCCUGGUUCUGCCUAGCAUAGAAUUUGCAUGAGAGAUGACAGGGAAGAUGAAUCAAAUCAGGCACUUCAUUAAAUUUGCCUAUGCAGACAUCUACCAUUUAACAUAUAAGAAACAUUCCACUGUAUUUUCGUUUUUACUUCUUAUUAUAUAUAAUAAAUCAUUUCAUGCAGUAUAUGUCUUAUCUGUAAAACAUUGCCAUAUGUUCAUUUCUUGAGGAAAAGAGUGCAACAAUAAGGAUUUGUGCCACAAUAUUACUUUUUUUUAGGUUUGAUUACCAGAAUUGCAAUAAACUAAAAAAUAACAGUAUUUUGGAGGAAGUAAUAUUCUAUAGUGUGGAAAGGAUUACCCGUAAAUGUCUUGCUAAUAAAUAAAAUAAUCAAAGACAAAUAAUAAACUGUGAUGCAAAGGUAUUUAAAUAUAUGAGAUGCUGCUGUAUUGUUAUGUCCGUCCACUUAUUGUAGAAUAAUGUGAUAUGAUUAUUUGAUGUUAUUGAUAUUAAUACAUUAUAUAUAGGCUGAUUACAAUGUAAGAGGGAAUAGCAUUACGUUGGUGUGCCUCUUGCUUUCUGUUAUUGUAGUAUUUAUCACUUUUGUGACAAUUUCCGUCCUUGAAGAUAUUGAUAUUCAUUAUACUUUAAUUAGCA